AUGCAAGCGGGCGAUCUAAAAACCGAGUACCCCAACUAUUACGUCACAUCGGAUGCGGACCAACCGACGCCACUAGCUUCAGACACACGAUUGGAACCAGGCGGGACGUACUAUUUAAUCGAGAUACAGGGUGAAGAUUCAGCACCGCAAAUCACCACAGCGAAGUCGGCGGGUGCGGGUGCGGGCGCCGCGACGCCGGCUGCAGCCGAAGCUACGGCGGAGGAAUCAGGGAGUGAAUUUGAGGGGGUAGAUGACGACCUGCUCUCGUACUUGACCCUAAACGACACAUCCGGGCCCGACCCCGCCGUCGAUAAAGCUCGCCGGAGCUUGGACUCUCGCGUGACCAGGUUCGGAACGGAGGACCUUUCCGGCUCCCCCGCCAACAGCCCCGCGUUCCGCAGCUUCCGCGGCUCCCCGGGCUCCGCCGUCCCGUCGCCGGCGGCCAUCGCGCCGUCGCGUCGUCGGUCCAUGGGCGAGUACCCCUCGACAAUGAGCCCCAUCUUGGGGGGCGUUGCAGGCGCGCACGCAGGCGGAGGCAGCGGGGACAUGUUGGGCAUAACAAACCCGUUCCAGAGACCACUGGGCGGAUCAGGGCUGAAGACGAUGCACGCGGCCUCAAACACGGGAAGCCCAGCGGUGGGGACGGUGUCCCGGGCGAUUGGCGGGGCUGUGGUGGGUCAGCAGGGGUCGACAUCGCCAUCUACGCACCUGGAGAGGAGAGAGAGCAGAUAG